CGCGCGCUUCCAGUUUCAGUUUGAAAACAAAGAACUCGCAUCGCGGAUCUCUUCGUCGGUUUGUCUCGCAGUUUUAUUUUAGUAGUUUUCGUGCUUCCGUGAUUCCUUUUCGUGCGUGAAAUGUUCCAGCCGGCAACGCGCCUCCUCCCGCCGGACACGGGCGACGGUUUCCAGUUUCCCUUUGCUACGCCGUACUCCAUCCAGUUGGAUCUGAUGCGAUCCCUUUACUCGACGGUGGAAAAUCGCCAGGUCGGAAUAUUCGAAAGCCCAACCGGAACGGGGAAAAGUCUGACCUUGACUUGUGGGGUGCUGAGCUGGCUGCGGGACUAUGAGGAAGUGGUGGGGCGUGAAUUGGUGGAGAAGAUUGAGUGGUUGAAGGGGGAGGUUGUCCGGUUGGAACGGGAAACGGCCGGGGCUGUGGAUUGGAUUUCCGGACAGUUUGAGACGAUGGGGAUCCGGAAGGAACUGGGGGAACUGAAGGGCGUUAAGGAUCUGAUGGACGAGUAUGGAAAAAGGCUGGAGGAACUGAAGGUGAAAUCCAUGAAGGUGAAGAAGCGGAAGUUUGCCAACAAGGUGAAGAAGGAUAAGGAAGAAAAUGGUUUGGAGACUGAAAAUCAGGUGGCCCUGGGGGAAGAUGAUUACCUCGUGGAAGAUUCCGAUGAGGAAGACGAGAGUAAUCUAGAAACAGAAGACAACCCUCAGAAGUACCAUCCGGUGCAGGUUAUAUUUUGCUCGAGGACGCAUUCCCAGCUGGGGCAGGUCGUGGAGGAAGUUCGGAGAACGGAAUUCGGGAAGCAGAUCCGGUUGACUACGAUAGCUUCGAGGCAGAAUUUCUGCAUCAAUCCAGAGGUGCGGAGGUUGAGAUCGAAUCCGUUGAUUAAUGAACGGUGCUUGGAGCUGCAGAAAAAAUCCGGAAAGGCUACGGUGGUGGAUGAGGAUCAGAAUGCCAGGAAGAAGCGGAAGAUAUCUCAAAAAUGUUCCUUCUACAACCGACAAGCGAUCGAGGAUCUCAAGAAUGAUUCCCUUUUCGAAGUGCAAGACAUCGAAGAAUUGGUAACGUUCGCCAAGCAGGAGAAAGCCUGUCCAUACUACGCUUCCCGUGCGGCAAUUCCGGACUCGCAGCUUCUCAUGAUUCCCUACCAAAAUCUGCUCCAUCGGAGAACCCGUGAGCAGACCGGUAUCGACAUCAGCAACGCUGUCAUCAUCAUUGAUGAAGCUCACAAUCUGCUGGACACGAUUUCAAGUAUUCAUAGUCAGGAAGUGACGCUGGAACAGCUGCAACAAGCUCGACUCCAUUUGAGCGCCUAUAAGGCUAAAUACUUUCCACGAUUCUCCACGAAGAAUCUGCUGAAAAUCAAUCAGCUGCUGUUCGUGGCCACGCGACUCGGGAAAGUUCUUGAAACUCCCGCCAAGGAUGUUCCGUUCCGGAUGAUCGAAACUCACGAGCUGAUGACCGAGGGGGACUUCUUCAAUCUCAACUUGCAGGAGAUCCUUCAGUUUGCUGACAAGAGCCGAAUUGCUCAAAAGGUUCACGGAUUUGCCCAAAGCGUUCCACCAGGGCAGUUGGUGGGUCCGAUAAAGAAGCGAUCUGAACCGAUAAAACCGGAUCCAAACGCCCUGAAAGACUAUCUUAAACAACUGGAGAAAGACGUGUCCGAAAAGGGCAAGAACAAGAAGCCGACUGAAGUGGCCGAACCGACAAAUACGGAAGAAAAGCGAGAAUCCCUAGCGAAUGCGAUUCGUCCACUGCUGAGUUUCCUGGAAUGCUUGGCCGAAAGCUUCGACGACGGAAGAAUCCUUCUAACGUACAACAAAGUCGACGCCAAAAAGUCCACCAUGAAAUAUCUGCUGCUCAAUCCGGGAGCGAGAUUCCAGGAGAUCUUGUCCAGCUGUCGUUCGAUCAUUUUGGCCGGGGGAACCAUGCAGCCCGUUGAGGAACUGACCGAACAAUUGUUCAAAACUUGUCCCGAACGGGUGCAAAUCAGAAGUUACCGGCACGUCGUUCCGGCGGAUGCCGUUCUUCCCUUGGCCAUCGCUAAGGGACCUUCCGGAAAGGAACUGCUUUUCAACUAUGGCAAUCGGCAGAACAAGGAUCUGCUGAACGAACUGUCUUCGGUCCUGGCCAACCUCUGCCAGGUGGUUCCCCACGGAGUGGUGGUCUUCUUCAGCUCGUACGACUACCUGGAUCAGUUCUACCGCCAUCUUCAGCAAACCGAUCGCCUGGCCAAGCUGGAGGAACGCAAACGGGUAUUCCGGGAGCCACGUGGCAGUGCCCAGGUGGAUAAAAUCCUGGCCGACUACUCGAAGGCCGCUCGGCAGUGGACCGGAUCGCAAACCGGUGCCCUGAUGCUGAGCGUUGUCGGUGGCAAGCUUAGCGAGGGGCUGAACUUCUCCGACGAAUUGGGACGGUGCGUUGUGGUCGUGGGUUUGCCCUACCCCAAUCGAACCAGUCCGGAGCUGGUGGAGCGGAUGCGGUACCUGGAUCGGACGCUUCAGCCUCCGGCCGGGAAUGAGUACUAUGAGAAUCUCUGCAUGAAGGCGGUCAAUCAGUGCAUUGGGCGGGCUGUAAGACACAUUAAGGACUAUGCCAGCGUGGUCCUGUUGGAUGUGCGCUAUGGAAGCAGCGAGAAGAUUCGUAAGAAGCUUCCGGUUUGGAUUUCGGAGGGGAUGCAAUGUGUCGAGCGGUACGGACAGGCACACGGCAGUUUGGUGCGAUUUUUUAAAGGGAGAAGUGGGAAGUGAUGAAUACGGAAUGAUCAAUUGUGAUAUAAAGUAUAUAGUUCUUAUGGGAGUUUGUUGUGUACAAAUGCGAUUGAAGAUCUGUUUUGAAGAUGCCAUUACGACCUACUAACAUAUCUGUCAUACAGCCAGACGAAGAAAAACAACUUUUGGCAUUGAUGAAGAUGGCACCUCCGAUGACGAUCUGGUCGAACCAAAAGCAAAAAAAUCUACGGAUAAAACAAACAUUGAUACAAUUUUCAUUGAGCUUCUAGUUACGCACGGAAAAGUGCUACCAGAAAAAUCACAAGCACCUCCAAUAAAGGAGAAAAAAAAGGAUGCAUUGAAGGAAAUAUGUAUCCAACUACUUGUGCAGCAUGGUUUGGACAUGGUUCCUAAACAGAUAAUGAAGAAAAUCAACAAUUUGAAGGGGCGAAUAAAGCAGAAAACAGACUUGAAACAAACUGGAAAUCGAAAAAUUCGUUUAACAGAAACGGAGAAGAAGUUUUUUGAUUUGAUGGGAGGCAUUGAAAACCCGAGCGUGAGUAAGCGAUCCUAUGGUGUUGCGAUUGGAUCUUCGACGCAGAAUAGAAGUACUGUAGAGGAAGAAUUCACUGUGGAUGAGACCGUGAAUACUUCUUCAUCCCAGAUCACUCACAAAACAAUAAAUUCAAAGAUGCUCUUGGAGGAGCAGUUAAAGCUGAUCCAAGCUCAGCAGGAAUAUACUGCGCGACUCCAGGCUCAACAGGAUGAGCGACAUGAAACUGAAAUGGAGCUGCUCAAGCUGAAACGCCAGCUAACACUAAUGAAAAUUCAGCAAAUGGAAGACGCGUCUUAGCAUGGGCUUCAGCUUUUGGUGUCCUUUUUUUGAAUUUCAAAGGUCAAACGCAUUGGUAGCGGAACGGCAACGUAAAACGGAACCGGUUCGUCAGCAUGAAUCACACCAUCUCGAUUGAGCUAUCAACGAAUGAAAAUGAUCAAUACUGAAUCGACAAGCAUGUUAUAGUUCAUGCUGGCGAUCCGGUUCCGCUUUCCGUUGUCGUUCCGCUAUCAUUGCGUUUGAGCCUUAACUGUUGACCUAUUUUUAACUGUUGACCUAUUUUUAACUGUUUUAACUCUUAACUGCAAUAACAACUCCUGGUUCUGUAAAUCGAAACUGUAUUUAAAAUAAAGCGCAAGAAAAAAAA